ACUCAUCAGCACUCUUAUAUUAUCCGAGCUUUGCACAAAGCCAAGCUACUCACCACCAUUUUAUUACUUCUCACUUUCACUAAUUUCCACUUUAUUCAGCAAAAAAAAUGGAACACUCUUCAAAAAUCACAUGUCAUAUUGUAGCAAUGCCUUAUCCAGGAAGAGGUCAUAUAAAUCCCAUGAUGAAUUUCUGCAAAAUCAUAGUCACAAAAAAUCCCAACAUAUUCAUAACUUUCAUUGUCACUGAAGAGUGGCACAGCUUUAUAAAAUCCGACAUAUUACCAGACAACAUUAAAUAUGCAACUAUCCCUAACGUUAUUCCUUCAGAAAUUGGUCGUGCCAAAGAUUUUGCUGGAUUUAUUAGAGCGACUUUAACUAAAUUAGAAGAUCCAGUUGAAAAAUUGAUUGAUGGGCUUUGUGGGCAGUUGAUGAAACCAAGUGUUAUAGUGUAUGACACGCAUAUGAAUUGGGUUGUUGGAUUGGGGAAUAGGAUGAAUAUUCCGGUGGCUUCGUUUUUUACUAUGUCGGCAACUGUGUUCUCUGUUUUUCUUCAUAUGGAUCUUCUUGCUCAAAAUGGACAUUUUAAAGCCUAUUUGACAGGAAAAAUUCAAGAACAAGUUGACUAUAUUCCUGGAAUCCCUUCGAUUCGCGUUUUAGAUCUUCCUACACCAUUUCAGGGAAAGGGGCAAGAAUUAUUGGAUGUAAUAACGGAGAUCUUUUCUACAGUUUCUAAACCACAGUAUCUUUUGUUCACUUCAGUCUAUGAGCUCGAAUCUUCCGUUAUUGAUGCUCUAAAGCAAAAAUUUCCAACCCCUGUCUAUUCGGUUGGUCCAGCAAUACCUUACUUCACUAGUGAAAAAGAUCCUUCCGCGACUACCUCUGUCGAUGAACCAGAGUACAUUAAGUGGUUAAAUGCUCAACCAAACGGUUCUGUUUUGUACAUAUCACAAGGGAGUUUCCUUUCUGUUACUUGUGCUGAGCUGGAUGAAAUCGUGGCUGGUGUGCACGAUAGUGGUAUUCGAUUCUUUUGGGUGGCACGUGAUGAAACUGUGCGAUUUCAGAAAAAUGGAUGUGGGCUUGUUGUGCCCUGGUGUGACCAAUUGAAGGUGUUAUCACAUCCUUCAAUUGGUGGAUUUUGGUCGCACUGUGGAUGGAAUUCGACUAAAGAAGCAGCAUUUUCAGGCCUUCCAAUGCUAACUUUUCCUAUUUUCUGGGAUCAACAAACUAACAGCAAGCAAAUUGUUGAAGAUUGGAAGAUCGGUUACAGGGUCAAAAAAGAUAAUCACCAAAGUUCGAUAACGAGGGAAGAGAUUUCUAGCCUGUUGAAAUGGUUUAUGGAUUCUGGAAAUGAUGAAGUGAUGGAAACGAGGCGAAGAGCGAAAGAAAUGCAGAAAAUAUGUCAGUGUUCCACUGCAAAGGGUGGAUCAUCUGAAAUUAACAUUGAUUCUUUUAUUAAGGAUGUCUUUUCCAUCAAAAAUGGGAAUGGGCUAGGGUUAUAAACUUAUAAUCUAAUGAUCUAGUCGAUUCCACGAUUAUAAGUUCAUUUCAUGCCAGACCAGCCAGGAAUAGGGUUAUAGACAUAACUCAUUAUGUGAAGGUUUUCAUACCACAAGUAAAUUAUUGCAAGAUUUUGGUUCUGUGAUUUAAGUAGGAUUAUCAAGUAAUGUAGUCUUCAAAUUUGAUUUAGCUCAGCUCUUAUGCUAAGGACCUUGCGUUUUUCGAAUCGCCUGAUGCAGUUGUUUUCUCUGUUUUAUGCAGCGAUAUUUUCUUUUCUCAAUGUCUGAGAUCAUUUGGUUUGUGUAUUAUUAUAGAAGAAAUAUGUGUUUUAAGUUA